AUGGCGGUGACGGGUCCGGCUGGUGUUACGAAGACAUCGUUUCGUUACUUGGAGGUUCAUGUCGAUGUUCAUGGUGCUCCCGAGCAUGCCGGUUUUAGAUUGUACGGCAGCUGGCUCAGCUCCUGUAACAAGUAUACGAUGGAAGGUCUGCAUAACAAUGCACAUCACCUCUCGGACCCGAGAAACCUCGCGGGCCUCGGGUGA